ACGGGUCCACCAAAUGUUCACAUUGAAACCACUCCAGGAUUUAUCCCUUUAUACUGCCAAAAAAGAGAGACAAAGAACCUUCUCCUCUCCUCUGUGAUUGCCUCUCUCUCUCUCCCUGUACCCCCUCUCUCUCCAUGGCCUACGAUAGAAGAGACUCCUCUGUGUUCGAUGCCUUCACACUUUCUCCUCUGCCAUACCCUGUGCUGCUGAUACUGCUGAUGGUGUUCUUCCUCCUCGGCAUAUCAUGGUUCUUCACCUAUGAAGACAUCAUCGAGACAACGGAGGAGAGUAUGAACUGGGCGCUCCUCGUGAUCCCUGUGGUCCUUCUCCUUGUCAUCCGGUGGCUGUCUUCGAUCGAGAGAUUUGAAGACACGCUCUUGGGGAGCCUUUUGCCGUAUGAUCAUCGACCGAGGAGUUACAACAACUACCAGCCGCAGGAGGGAAGCUCGCCGUGGGGUGUGGCCGCGGUCGUCGUGUUGUUGAUCAUCCUGGUCUCCUUCCACUCUACUUUUCAAGAUAUGUGGAAGCCUUGAUCCUUUAUACUACUUUGCAGCUUGUGGUUUCUCUAUUACUGAGAACUUGUCUAUAUUUUUUCCUUUUUGGGAGGAAUUAUUUGUUUGUAAAAUCAUAUAUGGUAUUGAGGUGAUGUUUUCCUUUAAACUUGAUAUUAAACUUAGAAUCAUAAUUGAAGGGGUUUUUGUUAAUUCAACAAGUAAUAUUCUGAAAAUUUAUGCUUU